ACAGGAACCAGAAAAAAAGAAGCGUUAGAGAGAGAGAGAGAAAAAGAGGCAGAGCGAGGGAGUGCAAGAGAGAAGUUAGCUGAGCUCAGUGCUCCCACAAAUCACUUUGUCACCAGCAAGCUCUGACAAGAACUAGGAAAGAGAGAGCGCAAGGAAAAAGGCAGAGAGGCAGGGAGUUUAACGGAGGUGUGAAUAGGGAGUUGUGUCAGAGGAGACUCAAGAGGGAAGGUGUGAAGGAGCUGUAGAGGGCACAAACGAGGUGAUACCGAUGGAUGGAUAGAAGGAAGAGAGGACACAGACGAGACUGCAAUCUGAUUCCCAAAACAGUGUGAGCUAAGAGGGACUGUUACCCUUGCUACUACUGCCGUUACUGCUGCUGUGUCUGGAUGGUACAGCUCAUUUAAAGAGAAGGUUUGUCAAGCUUAAUUUUUUGUUACAGGAGGGCAGGGUUUUUACUGACAGAGGGAGAGUUAUUUGUGCUGUCUCUUCUGAUAGUUGUCUCUUCUUGAGCUGGAGAGUAUACACUAUCAGAUUAUUGUUCUUGAGAAUGAAGACUCAGAUAGAGACAGCUGCUCUGUCUGUGAAGUAGGCAUGGGUUGGAGGCGUUGAUAGAACUGCAGCUGUACACAGAUCACAUGCUGUUGCUGCUAAAAAGAGGUAGUCAGAGAGGACAGCGAUACAAGUUUGUCAAAUGUUCUUCUGUAGGGACAUUUCUUAAUGGCUCGACUGCGUAGAUUUGUAACUACUGUAGAAUAAGUUGGUGAAAGUGAGAUUUUUAAAUACUACAUUAUACUUUCUUUCACUUCACCGUGGAUACUUGCUCCGUGCUGGGCUGUUUAAAAGCCCCUGAGAGUUUUAUCUGGGCUGUAAAGGAAGCCAGAGGUCAUCUGAUCGAACUUCAAAAACAGAGAAAUAGGAAGCCCAUUUCUACACGUUAAACACAGGACGUGUCAUUGCUAUCUUCUCUUCCUUAGAGACAUUUACAGAGGUACUGGAUGUUACAUCGUCAUUACAGUCCUGAAUGAUCUUUGGAGAGACUUGUGGGUCAGAGAGGACAGGAAGCUGUGUCAGCUGAAAAGCCGUAGCCUCAGAUGUAAGUAAGUUGGGCUGUGCCAACACCGCUCUUCAAUUUGCUGAGUGUUGUACAGCUCCCUUCACAUUUGCUUGUUCCUGGGGACAUGUAAAGAGAGACUGCCUAGUGAGCAAUACAGCACUGAGCUGACACGUGGAGGUGGAGGUAUAUACUUGCUUAAAACGAGUGAGGAUUCAAUUUAAUAUUGCAAGUGGAGGCUUGAAAAUAUCAAUCACAAGUUGUCUGUAGGAACAGAAACAGCUCUGUUGAGUAUUUGAGUGUUGGUAGAUUGUUUUGGACUGAUGGGCACUGUAGAGGUCUUCUGAGUCUUGGGGGCGUUGUCUGUGUUCAUGUUUGGAUGGGCUCUGUUGGCAUUUGACAGCUCCGCUCUGGACUCAUUUCAGUGUCUGGGACAUCACUGUGUUACCUGUGUGGCUGAGUCAGAGGCUGGCUCAUUGCUUGAUGUCUGUCUGCCCACUGGGAUUCUCUCCACCUGCUUCUAUGCAAAGAAGUCACAAGUGUUAGGUGGUUUUUCACAGCAGUAGCAACAGCGGUGGCACUGGUAUUCCUGAACUCUCAGGACUCUCCACACUGCUGUAAUUGUUUUGCUGUGUGUAAACACUUUGCGUCAGUCACACCUCUACACGGAGUGAUUCACUAUUCCCUAAGCAUCCCUGGACGGAGGCAGGCAGUGAAAGAAAAGGUGAGGGAGGAUUUGCCAAGAACCAAAGCACAUAAGUAGUUACAGUCAGGUUGGUACCAUGAAGCUGGCACUGUUGAUGCUCAUGGUUGUGUACAUGGUGGGCAACGUAAGUGGUAUGUCUACAUGUAAGACUGUGGACCUGGAGAUGGUGAAGAAAAAGCGCAUAGAGGCCAUUAGGAGCCAAAUCCUCAGUAAACUGCGUUUGCCUAAAGAGCCUGAGCCAGAUCAGGCUGGAGACGAGGAGGAAAUCCCUACCACUCUGCUGUCCCUCUACAACAGCACCAAGGAGAUUCUGAAGGAGCAGCAGGCUGAGGUCCACACAGAGAUCUCCACAGAGCAGGAGGAGGAGGAGUACUUUGCCAAGGUGCUGCACAAGUUCAACAUGACCAGAAAAAAUUACACAGAUGUCAACAAGCUCACAAACAUCGAAAUGCCCUUCAACAUCUCUGAGAUACGGCAAAGUGUGGGGGAUUACCGCCUGCUGACGAGUGCAGAGCUGCGGAUGCUCAUCAAGAGAACCUCGAUACCUUCUGAGCAGCGGGUGGAGCUGUACCGGGGUUUGGGGGCCUCAGCCCGCUACCUCGCUUCCCGUUUCAUCACUAACGAGUUGAAAGACAAGUGGCUGUCAUUUGAUGUCACUGAGACCCUGCAGAACUGGCUCAGAGGGACUGAGGAUGAGCAGGGUUUCCAAUUUCGCCUGUUCUGUGGAUGCAGUAAGAAUGGGGAAAGUGUUGAGAGUAGCUUCAGUUUUUCCAUCGCCGGGAUCUCAGGCGGUAGGGGAGAUAUAGGAACGUUACAACUGAUGGCCCAACCGCCCUACAUCCUGACCAUGUCCAUCCCUCAGAAUGUCAGCAGCCACCUCACCUCACGCAAAAAACGCUCCACCGAGACGAGGGAUACAUGUACAGCCCAGACAGAGACCUGCUGCGUGCGGAGCUUGUACAUUGACUUCAGAAAAGAUCUGGGCUGGAAGUGGAUACAUAAGCCGACGGGCUACCACGCCAACUACUGCAUGGGGUCCUGCACCUACAUCUGGAAUGCUGAAAACAAAUAUUCUCAGAUUUUGGCCCUGUAUAAACAUCACAACCCAGGAGCCUCUGCCCAGCCCUGCUGUGUUCCCCAGGCACUGGAGCCACUGCCAAUCCUUUACUACGUGGGCAGGCAACACAAGGUGGAGCAGCUGUCCAAUAUGAUUGUGAAGUCUUGCAAGUGUAGCUAAAAAUACAACAUGGCACACUGCUCUGCCUCCCUUCAAACAUACACAGAGAUGGAACAAGUCACAUCUGAGACCACAGAGAGGAGUGUUUGACAGAGACAAAGAGGAAGAGAAUAAUGUGGACAAGAGGAAAAUAAUAUUUAAAGUAAUCACGAUCUUUGUGGUCAAGCUGCGAGCUCUGCCAGGAUGUGGAAGCACAUCAAACCAUGGACUUCUUUAUAUAGAUAUUAUAGAUAAUAUUUUUUAUGUGUAUAUACAUUUUCCUUGCAGAACCAAAAACAUCUGUCUUGAAAUGAAUUAAUUUAUUUGUUGGAUUGACAGAUGCACAUGUAAUGUAUGUGUCAGUUUGACAUAGAAAUGGUUUAUUAUUAUUAAAAAAAGGUUGGAUAAAGGAAGCCAAAGGACACGGGGACCAAAAUGACCUUGAUGGAAGAACGCUUUUGUUUUCACCGAUGAUGGUCUGGGACACUUCUGUUUGCCACAUCAUCUUCCUAAAGAGGUCACAAUUUACGGUGCUAAAUCCCAGGUAUGGAAAAUAGUGGUUGUUGAGGUUUUUCCUGGACAAAAAUGCUGCAGGUGUUUUUGGAGAGAACUGCACCGUAAAGGACAGCAGACAACCACAGGGACAGUCCUACCUGGGAAAACUCCCUCUGACUGAGAGGCUGGAGCUGUUGGCCCACUGAGCAACGUUUCAUGCGAACCGUCCAUCAGUUUCACUUGCUUUGUUUGUUUUUUCAACCCACGUGAUUUUUACAAUGCUUUUUUGUCACUGUGUUUGUGUUCAUAAUUGAAUGUCAGCUUGUCUUCGUGCUGUUAAAGCCAUGAGUAAUAUCAGUGGUGGUAAGCAUGAUGACACCAUGUUUUUCUCCCUGUCGGGAUUAACAGCCGGUUUGUUGUUUAGAUGGUGAGGGUCAGGGGAUGUGGUUGUGGUGUUGGUUUUAGGAAAGAGCCAUUCAGACUUGAUACACACAUUUGCUGUUUUGUUUUUGUCUUUGUUGUGGGUUUUGGUUUUUUGCUAUAGUACAUUAGGGGCAAUUUAUUGCCCUUUAUUUCAGGACAAAUUUUUAUUUUCAUCUGAAGUGUGAAGCUUUUUGCACAACUCUAGAAUUAAUUCAUCUUCUAUGAUUUUUUUAGGAUUUUUUUUUCAGCUUACCCAAUUUUAUAGUGCACUUACCAUUUGAAAUUUGUAUCUGUAAAUAUUUAAAAAAUUUGAAAUAAACAUUGAUGUUAAAUUAA